AAUCCCUAUGAGGCAGUUCCACUUUGUCCUAUAGGGUGGCUGUGGGUCAGAAUUGACUCUAUGGCAACGGGUUUGUUUCUGUUUUUUGUUUUUUUUUUACAGUCUAGAAUAUUAUGAUUCAUUGGGCUUAAUUUCAAUAAAAUGAUAUUUUAAUCUGCAUAUUAACAUUUAACAAACAUGCAUAACUAAAAGAAAAAUAUUUUAGCUUGUGGUUUGGGAUUCAUUCAUUGCUCAAUGCUUUGAUAAAAAAUGUUGAUUUUAAAAUCCCUGUUUAUUUUGUUUUAGAUAAAUAAAAUGUGGAGGGCUUAUUUUGACUUAUUUAUUUUUUAGAUAAACAAAAAGCAUAUGCACUUUUCACAUAUAAUCAAAACUUGAAUUUAAAAAAUAAUAUUAACAUGUCUCAUAAAUGAGCACUCUGCCGGAAUACCAUGUUCAUGUAGUGAAACAAUGUUUAUCGAAAUCAUUUUGUCCAUCUUAUCUAUUCUUUAGUACAAGAAAGAAGAAGGACGACUUUAAUUUUCUUAGCUCACACUGGCACUAGGUGCUGUUUCUGAGAUUUUGAUAGAAGUUUAUCAAGUCCAGAUACAAUGCUCUUAACUUUCCACCGUUGUUGUCUCAGAAACAUCAAUGAAAUGAUGGCUAUAAUCACAGUCUAGCUGACAUUUCUUUUGUUUCUCUUAGUCAAGUUAUAUUUUGCAGUAGAUUUUGAAAUGAAUUUUUUUCGUACCCUACCUAUUGCCAUAUUUUUUUUUCAAAAUUUGCUUGCAUAUUUUUAAUUUAGUUUUACUGAGCUUCUUCCUUUCUACCUGAUUUCUAUUUUAUCCUUGACUAUCUCCAGUAAAUAUUUUUGUUUGUGUUCCAUGAAGUCUUGAAAGAGAGAAAAGAGAAAAGGGUGGGAGGAAGAGAGAGAAAAAGAGAAUGGGGAAUUUUUGAAACAAAAAUGUAUUUUUUUGUGAUGCCCCCAAAAUAUAUGGAUAUGUAUUUAUUUAUUAUUUCAUGACUUUAUUAUUUUUAAUAUCCCAUUCAAGCAAAAUUACAAUACAUGAUAAGAUAUUUGAAGAUGUGUUGCGAUGAAUUGUAGAUAAACUUUGUGGAUUUACACAAAAAUAGCUACCUUUUAAGACAAGUUGAAAGGUACAUCUAAUUUCAUCUAUUUUCUAGUCAUCUGAGAACAUUUUAAAAUUAAAUCAUUUUUAAUAAGUUUUUAUCCUUUAAAUUUAAUGCAAUCUUGUAAGAUACAUGCUGUUGCUCUCAUUUUAUCUUAGUUGACAUUAAGGAAAGGCUUUCAUGUAUGUUGUAGCUAAUUUAAAAUGAUUAGUGUGUAUUUACAAGUCCAAUGAUUUUAGAUUUAAAAUUUCCUCUACUCAUUCCUCUUUCUACGUUUUAAAAUCUGGUAAUUUGAGAACCGCAUAAAUUGGCAGGUUUGCUUGUUUGGUUGUUUUUAACAUGACAAGUUUAGCCAACAAAUGAAUGAAAUCAUUUUUCUUUUUUUUAUAUAGGAAAUUGAGUCCACAUGGGCUCAUCUACUUUGUCACUGCCUAUCCCAUCAUAACCUACGAUAUUAUUAUGCCGUCCUAGGAAACAGACAUGAAGAUGUAAUCAGGUGUACUCUGUUUCCCAGUAUAUUGCAUUUACAAUGUCAUCUAGUCAAUUCCAACUCAAGGCAAUUCCAAAUUUAUCAGAGUACAACUAUGCUCCUUAAGGUUUCCAAAGGCUGAUAUUUGGCAGUAGAUCUCAUUCCUUUCUUCUGAGGUGCCUCUGUGUGGAAAUGAGCCAUCAAACUUUCAAUUAAAAGCAAACAUGUGAACCAUUUGCACCACCCGGCGAUUACAGUUGCAGUUGGGAACUAUAAAUAUGAACUGAAAUGUCAAUGUUGUCACCAACGCUGGAUCCAUAUAGGUUUCAGAUGAAGAACCUCACUGAAGUCACCAUGUUUACAUUGCUGGCUUCACAGAUAAUUUUGAAGUGCAAGUCUUUCUCUUUCUACUAUUUCUUGCAAUCUAUGUUUUUACUCUGGUGGGAAAUUUGGGACUGGUUUUAUUAGUCAUGGCGGAUGCCCGACUCCACAGUCCCAUGUACUAUUUUCUGAGUGUGUUAUCUUUCUUAGAUGUCUGCUCUUCUUCAGUUGUCACCCCGAAAAUAUUGGUCAAUUUUCUGGCAGAGAAUAAAACUGUUUCAUUCCUUGGAUGUGCAACACAGAUGCUACUCAUUGUCACUUUUGGGACCACAGAAUGCUUUCUUUUGGCAGCAAAGGCAUACGAUCGGUAUGCAGCAAUUUACAACCCACUUCUCUAUUCAGUUCACAUGUCACCCACAGUCUAUGUGUCACUCAUCUCUGCUUCAUAUGUUGGUGGUAUUUCACAUGCUACUUUAAACACAGUGGCAACUUUUAGCCUCUCCUUCUGUGCAGCCAAUGAAAUUAGACAUGUCUUUUGUGAUAUCCCUCCGCUUCUUGCUAUCUCUUGCUCUGACACUCACAUCAACCAACUUCUACUCUUCUACUUUGUGGGAUCUAUUGAGAUAUUCACUGUCCUGAUUGUCUUGAUAUCUUAUGGAUUCAUUUUUAUGGCCAUUCUGAAGGUGCAUUCUGCUGAAGGGAGGUGAAAAGUGUUUUCCACUUGUGGCUCUCACCUAACUGGAGUAUCAAUUUACCAUGGAACAAUCCUCUUCAUGUACUUGAGACCAAGUUCCAGCUAUGCUUUGGACCAUGACAUGAUAGUGUCUGUAUUCUACACCAUUGUGAUUCCCAUGCUGAAUCCCAUCAUCUACAGUUUGAGGAACAAAGAUGUAAAAGAAGCAAUGAAGAAAUGUUUCAGAGAAAUUGGUUCAUAAAUAAAGCACAUUUGUAGCAUUGUAAAAUUGAAAAAAAAUGUCGAGUAUCAAUUCAUAUUGCUAAAGUCUGAAUCUGAGAAGAAAGUGUCUUGCUUUUAUUUUUCAGGGUGUGUAUAUCCUAGAAUAUUUUCAAACAAAGCCUUAGCAAACCUUCCAAGGCAGAACUUUAUGAGCACAGAGAAAUCGUCCCAUUUACAUGGCUGUAGAGCUAUUUUCAAAUGUUCCCAUAUUAAACAUUCAGUGAUGGAUUAUAUCCCUGAUUACUGUUCGUUUAACUUGACCUUUACUUGCCGGAAAGAUGAUGCCCUGAGAACUCCAUGACUUCGGGUUUCCUCACAUUGUUUAUAGUAACUCUUCAGCAAACAGUUGGAAGUUAAUUUCCCUCUCUAGAAUCCCUGUGAAGGGCCUCCCAAGGAUUUUUUUUAUGCCCUUACAUACU